ACCAGCAAAGGCAACAGCAAAGUUGUAGCGGCUGCUCGCCUAGGCGUCCACGCAUCCUAGCUAUGGAACCAUAUCACUACCAAGCCGUGUAUGACCCACGCGGUUUCCCCAUGAUCCACCCGCAGCCCUACCGCCACCACCCGGCGGCGGCCGGCGGCGCCCUCAGCGACAGGGUGCGCGGCGGCGGCGGCGGCGGAGGCGGAGGCGGAGGCGGGCGGCGGCGCCCCGGGGCAAAGCUCUCGACGGACCCGCAGAGCGUGGCUGCGCGCGAGCGGCGGCACCGGAUCAGCGACCGCUUCCGCGUGCUCCGCAGCCUCGUCCCCGGCGGCAGCAAGAUGGACACCGUGUCCAUGCUGGAGCAGGCCAUCCACUACGUCAAGUUCCUCAAGGCGCAGGUCAGCCUGCACCAGGCCGCGCUCAUGCAGCACGAGGAAGGAUGCCCUGCGGAGCUCGCCGCCGCGUACUCCGCCGUGGCUGGUGCCGGCGAGGUGACGCUCGCAUCAAGCUGCCGGGCCGGCGCAUGCGAGGAGGUGGUGAUGCAGCUCCAGCAGGACCCGCUGCAGGAAGCGAUGAGCUACGACGUCGUCGGUGCUCCUCGGCUGCACGGGCUCAACCCUGUGCCGCAGAUGAGUGGUGGGCACGAGCUGCCUCCGCUGCCUUCUUGCGUCUUCGUCGAGGAGCCUGCGGCCUGCUACUCUGUGUGUGACCUCGACGAGGGGGAAUCCUAUUAGCAUAAGUAAUUAAGUAGCCAGUAGCGAUUCAGUUAGUAAGGUAGCUUCCGUACGUUCGUGUCUGCUAGUAGUAUAUCUCCACUGAGAGCAAAGCCUAAUCAAGCACUCCAUGAAUUACCUGUCAGUCGACUAGUAUUCUCAGAGCAUGCAAGCAUGCAUGGCCUCUGUACUUCUGCUACUCGAUCUGUUGAUCAAUGCAUGAUCACACAGACGAUAUAUAGACCGCAGCCGCAUCCAUGUUUCCUAUAUAUCUAGCUAGCUAGUUUCUUCUUAUGGAUGAGCUUGUAUGCUAGCUUAAUUUGUCG